AUGUACAAUAACCUUCUUCGUCAACUUUUCUCUGGUAAAUGUCAAUUAACUUCUCUUCGAUUUAAUAUUCCUUAUGAUUAUUCUUCUAUUAAUAUUCAUCAAUCUUUAUCAUUAUUUUCUGAUCUUUGUUCGCAUUCAAUGUUCAAUACAGCUCAAUAUUGUUGUAUGACUCUUCGUUAUUUACAUAUUCAUCUUAAUUUGACAUGUUUUCUUGAACAACUUAUUGAACGUGUACCCAAUCUUGAACGAUUGUCAGUUUAUCUGCCGGUAUUAUGGGACAAAGAUUCACCAUCGGGGCCGCCUAUUAAAAGAUUUGUACAAUCAAAUGAGGCUUGGUCUAAUAAAGUAAGAUAACUCCAUGAUAUUGUUGCUUUUUCAUUUCAUAAAUUGUUUUUGGAAAAUUUCUUUUUGAAAAUUAUGUUUUCAGAAUAUUUCUAUUGUAGUUAUUUAUUAUUUUUUUGAUAAAAAUCUCCGAUUGAAUUUCCUCGAGUAUUAUUGUAGAAGAAGUUGAGAGAGAUCAUUUAAUAUUUUCGAACUCUCAUUUUAUUAUACAUAUAAUUAAAUCUCUUAGUCUUGAAAUUAUUUUCAUAAAAACGUCACUUAAGUGUUCUUUUACAUCGACGUUUUGUCUUUAAUGUAGAAAAUCGAAUAUGUCAGUUUCAAGCACAUAUUGACUACAUAUUCGUCGACUUACGUUAGGAAGAAAAGGAUAAGUUCAUAUGAACAGACAUAAAAUACAUUUUUCAUAGAAGUUAGUUUUAUAUUUUAUAGAUUUAAAUGAUUUGUUUUUUUGAAUAAAAGUUGAAAGAAAAUUCUGAUCUGAAUGGAAAAAACUUUUUUUGAUUUUGCAGAAAGGAACGAUGAAUUAAAUAUACAGAACCAAAUUUUUCUAUACCUUUUAUCGAUAAAUUUUUUCGCUUGGUGAGAAAAAAAAACAAAUCUCAUUACCUUUUUCAUGUGUUUUUAAAUGAUGAACAGAGAUAGAGAAUCAUUGAUUUAAUGAAAAUGUUAGCCAAUAUCUACAGGGUGUCCCAUAACUUUUGUCUCCCCCUUUACAACCUACAGUAUCCAUGAUAUCACAAAUGUAUUUUAUACCAAAUUAAAGCCCGUCAAAAACUAGCUUUAUUGGUAGUAAAUGGUAAAGGUUAUAAAGACCUUUUAAUAUCGAAUAUCAAAACAACUGCUUAGAAAAGCUCAAAAACUGUUCAAAAACUUUAGCUUUUCCUAUGGAAGAAAAACACUGGAUUUUUCAAUAAAAUUAGUCUUCGUUCAUUAUUUUUCCUGUCUCAGACG